AUCAGCUGAGUGAAAUUCAUCAACAAAUUAUAAUUUUUUAAAGCCAAAAUAAACAAUAUUAAUAAUUCUAGUAAAACCAAAAAAAAAUAAUUAAUAAUAAUUGAUAAUUAAAACUACACUUUUGCAAUUAACAAAACAUUAGAAAAAAAAAAACAAAACAAUAAUAAAAAAAGUGAUUAAAAUUUGGAUCGAAGAUAGUGUUAUUGCGCGUCAACAAAAAUAAAUAAAUAAAAUAAAUAAAUUCAUCAAUGAAUAAAUUAAUUUUUAUUGUUUUUAAUAUAAUAUUAUGAUUGUUAUUAAUUGUUGUUAAUCAUUCAUCAAUCAAAAUCGAAUUUCAUCAAUAUAAAUUUCUAUAAUUUUAGAAAUAAAUAGAUCAACUUUUUGAUUGUGUUCGGUUGUAAUCGUAAAACGACCGAGUGUUCACGAGGUGAACAGGUGACAAUAGCCAAUAGGCCACCUCGCCAUGUUAGAUUAUUAUUUCGUGAGAUCGGUCAUCACCGUGAUUCGUGGUGAACGAUUGAAAUAAUAAAAUAUAAAUAUUAACAAUAUAUCACUAAAUAAUACACGAUAUUUAUUAAUUUAUUAAAUUAUUAAUUAGUCGGUCUAUACAUGUGUGUUGUGACGUCUUGAAAUAGCAUAUUUUUUUUUUGUUUUUUUUUUUUUUUUAUUUAUUUAUUAUUUUUUUUUUUGUUGUUUAUAAAUACUUGUUGUUAAUUUAUCUUAAUUAGACAUUAGCUAGUUGUGCAAAAGAAAAAGAUUUCAUAAUUAUAAUUCGUAUCGUUGUUGGCUACGUGUUUUUUAAUUUUUAAUUUUAAUUUAUUUAAAAACUGUGAAAUAACUAUUGUUGGUGAUAUUAUUGUGUUACUUAUGAAUUUAUUUAUUUAUAAUUUUUUUGUGUAAAUAUAUUUGGAGCUUAACCGGCGAACAACGUACUUGAAAUUGUAAAUCAUCCAAGCUGGAUAGGUUACCCGAGUACCUCCGCGAUACCGUGGACUGGUUUAUGGGGUGAGUUAUUAAUUAUUAUUUAAUUACAAAAAAAAAUAAUUAAACUUUUACUACUUUUAAAAUUAUUCCAAUAGAUCAAGUAUUAUUUUUUUUAUUCAACUUUUUGAGCAUGUUUGUAAUUAUUGUUAAAUUUUAUUUAAUUUGUUUUAAUCUCUCAUUAUUAUCAACAACAACAACAACAACAAUAAAGGUACAAUUUUUUUGCAACAAGAAAAAGUGAGAGUUGACAAAUUAUUUAAUUUAAAAAAUAAAUAAAAAAAAAACGAUGCAAUGGAUUAAAAAUUAAUAGCUUGAAUUAUUAUAUUUCAAAGUGAUACGUUUGUUUGCUUGGAAUUACGUCAUGCUGGUAGAAAUAAAUUGUCGAUUUUAUUUUUUCACGAUGGAAAAAAAAAAGAUGUCUCGUUUGUUGGCCUCUUUUUUUAGUACAUUUAGUGGCUCACUUAUCGAUCGUAAAGAAAGUGUUACGAAUGACUUGAAACUUGAUACACUUGUACAUCAAAAAAAUAAAAAAUUAACUUAUUCUUAAAAAUAGAGAUAAUAAAAUUGAUAAAAUGCGUAUGAAAAAAGAGGCUGAAAGAUUAUUUUUGGAGAGCACCACUAGUUGAAAUUGUAAAAAAAAAUAAAAAAAAAGCACCUGGUUAUUUUUGGAUUUAACCGGUACACGUGUCAACAUUUGCUCCAAUUUAAAAAGACAAAAAUUUAUCUUGAUAAUGAUAAUAAUAAUAAUAAUUUAACAGAUAAGAGAGAUAGGUAAAAAGUUGGUUGGCUUCAACUGCAUGUUGUUAAUUGCAUUAUAAUUUAUGUCUGGCUGCGUAGCACACACAUGUGAUCAAAUUAAAUAUCAAACAGGAAUAGAAACUUUAUAAAAAUAAAAAAAAAGAAGAAACAUUUUGUUCUUCACAUUAUCAGUGUAAUAGAGAGCUGAAAAUUAUUCAUUAAAGUAGUUUUUUAUUUAUCAUCAUAUAAUGUUUGGCCUUGGUGGAAAAAAAUUGUUUAAAUAUUCAUCAAUUAAUAAUACACUACCUCUUGAUGUUGAAGAUACUGUAACUUGUUUUUGCAGAAAAGCCCGAAGAAAGGAGAAAGAUGCAGGAACAACGGAAGAUCCAAAAUUAUAUUUGGAGGAAGCAGCACUUGAACGACAAUUACCAGAAUUGGAUUUGAGGAUGCUUGUUGAUUUACCACCAGGUCUUGAUUAUAAUGAAUGGCUUGCAUCACAUACACUCUCGUUAUUUGAUCAUACAAAUCUUAUUUAUGGAACGAUAUCAGAAUUUUGUACACCAACUGGAUGUCCUGAUAUGACAGGACCUGGUUUAAGAACUUAUUUGUGGUUUGAUGAAAAAGGAAAAAAAACAAGAGUUGCUGCACCUCAAUAUAUUGACUAUGUCAUGACAUUCACCCAACGUACUGUUAGUGAUGAAACAAUAUUUCCAACAAAAUAUGCAAAUGAAUUUCCAAGUUCAUUUGAAUCAAUUGUACGUAAAAUUUUACGAUUACUUUAUCAUGUUGUGGCGCACAUUUAUCAUUGUCAUUUUCGUGAAGUUGCACUAUUGGGUUUACAUGCUCAUUUAAAUUGUGUAUUUGCUCAUUUAACACUUCUUAAUCAACGCUUCAAUCUUAUUGAUACUAAAGAAACUGAAAUUCUUGGUGAUCUUGAAGCAGCACUUUUAGGUGAUUCAUCAUUGGGCUCUUCUAGUUCUGUGCCAACUACAACAAUUCAAGAUCCACCAAGUGCAACAACGUAGACUAAUUUGUUUGAUAUAUAGAUUUUAAAAUUAAAAAAAAAAUAUAUUCAAAUUUGCAGAUCAUGCGGUCUAGUGGAUAUAGCUAAAAAAAAUAAAACUUAAAUUAUUGUUUACUGUCGUUGCCUUGUCCACUUGCGAUAGUUUGCGUUAAUCAGAUAUCGAAAUGAAAAUUAAUAAAAUAUUAAUGAUAAAUAAUCAGGUCAAUCGAAAAUAAUAAAAAAAAAAAAAAAAUGAAAAUUAAUUCAUGUAGUACCUGUAAAUAACACAAUGAAGAAAAUCAUGUAAAUUAUUUUUUUUUUUCUUUUUUGUUUGCUAUUUGUGAGAUUGUACAUAAUUUAUUGACUAGACAAAAAAAAAUAAUGAAAUAAACUAAAAGAAGAAUUGAAAAGAGAUGAAAAAAAUAAUAGGAAAAAUAAUUUAUCGCAUGAAAGAGAUAGUGAGUGAUUGAAUGAACGAAGAUAGAUAAAAUUAUUGAUCAAUUAAUAAAAAUGUUAAAAAGAAAAAAAAACG